UGGUGUUUCUUUCUUCAGCAUCUUCUCUCUUAUUUCCUCGGUGGGGGCUGUGCUUGCUGUUAAUAGUGGCACUGGAUCAUGCCAAGCUCAUUUCUGCUGAGCAGCUGUCAGACCUACAAUAUCUGUCACAAGCUGAUGUGAAUGAUGGAAGGGUCCGUAUAUCUAUCAGGAGAUAGCUCAUUUUUGGAUGACUUAAACGAGUACUUUCGUGCAAACUAUAGCAAUGACUCUUUUGAGUAUGGUGAUGACGAAGGAGAUGUUUGUGAUCUGAAGAACAGCACAAUGUUUGAAGCAGUGUUCUUGCCAACGUUGUACUCAUUGGCGUUUGUUAUUGGUGUCGUGGGGAAUGGAUUGCUGCUGGGAGUCCUGUUUCAGAGCAGGAAGAGCUGGAGUGUGACAGACACCUUCAUCCUUCACCUUGCUGUAUCAGACGUCCUGCUGUUGUUGACGCUGCCCCUGUGGGCUUCACAGGCCGCAAGUCAUGAUGGAUGGCAAUUUGGUACUGACCUUUGCAAGAUUACCGGAAGUGUUUUCACGAUCAACUUCUACUCUGGGAUUUUUCUCCUGGCUUGCAUCAGUGUGGAUCGUUAUCUAUCCAUUGUUCAUGCUACGCAGAUGUACACCCGCAGGAAGUCCUGGAUGGUUCAUAUGAGCUGCUUAUUGGUAUGGUGUCUCUCUAUACUCCUCUCCAUCCCUGACUGGAUCUUUUUAGAAGAAACGCUUGAUGACAGACGAAGCAGGAAAGAGUGCACCCGGAAGUAUUCCAAAUAUACACAAAACGCAGAAGACGAGACCUUAAAAAUGGCAGCUCGGUGGCUAUACCAUGCUGUCGGCUUUUUGUUUCCUUCAGCUGUCCUGGUUUUCUGCUACUCCUCCAUCCUGUUGCAGCUGCAGUGUGGCUCCCACAGCCUCCAAAAGCAGAGAGCUUUCAAAGUCAUAAUAGCCGUGGUGGCAGUUUUCUUUUUCUGCUGGACACCAUAUAACGUGGUACUUUUGGCAGACACAUUUCAAAAAUCCAACAAUUCCAUGACCUGUGAAACAAAUUCAUCUCUGGACAAAGCUCUGACUGUGACUUCCUCAUUGGGAUACCUUCACUGCAGCCUCAAUCCCAUCCUCUAUGCAUUUGUGGGUGUGAAGUUCCGGCGUCAGCUGCUGAACAUCCUGCGAUCAAUGGGUUGCAAGCUGAAGACAAGCAUGAGACUAGAGUCAUUUAACAGGAGAAGCUCCAUUUGGUCUGAGUCUGGAGAAACGUCCAAAUCCAUUGCAAUCUGAGAGACAGAAGUAUACUGUACACAACCAGUCAAAAGUUUGUACUCACCUUCUCAUUCAAUUAUUUCUUCUUUAUUUUAAUUACCACCACUGGAAACUCCUUCAAAGCAGUUGGAAAACAAUUCCAGGUGACUAACAUCAUGAAGCUCAUCGAGAGAAGGCCAAGAGUGACCAAAUCAGUAAUCAAAACGGGGGUAUUAAGAAAAAUGUUUGCAAUUAUUUCACAAUUUUUGUUUGCUAUAAUUCUUAAUACUUUUGAGUCAUAGCAUUGAUGUAUUCAGUAUGUAUCUGCAAUGUAGAAAGCCCAAUCUUUUGACUGGUAUCAUAAAUAUUACAUAUGUAUGUAUGUAUAUAAAAAAAUAUGUGUGUGUGUGUGUGUGUGUGUGUGUGCUCGUGUUUGUUAUCUAUAAUAGCCAGGCAGCUGUGUGAGAAACAAUAAUUUGGGAUUAUGUUCGAUAAGUGUCAGGAAAACAAGUGUAUUUGUAUAUAUUUGAUAGAAAGGUUGCAUAUUCUUUCAUUGCAUUAUUUUCAUAUUGAAUGUUGAAUAACAGAAUAAAUCUUUUUUCAUUA